AUGGUCAUUGAGAUGGUCCUACAGGCGGACAGAGACGACUACAUGCUGGGAGGUCCGGGAUGUAUUGUGGAGAUGGACGAGGGUAAAUUCGGACGUAGAAAGGACAAUCGAGGCAGGUGUGUCAACGCUGACUGGGUCUUCGGAAUGGUGGAACGUGGAGGUGAAAGGAAGUUGGCAUUGGCGGUGGUUCCGGAUCGUAAAGCCAACACACUCCUGCCCUUGAUUAUGGCUUUUGUCCGCCCUGGAACAACAAUCCACACUGACAUGCACGGUGGCUACAACAAGAUUGCCACCCUACCUGGAUACAACUACACACACAAGACUCUGUGUCAUAAGUACGAGUUUGUGGCCCAGGAUGGUACGCACACGCAGACGAUCAAGGGCAACUGGAGAGUUCUGAAGAAAAACGUGCCGGAGUCCCAGCGGGAGGGAAGCAACCUACAGGAAUACCUCUAUGAGUGCAUGUGGCGACGCAAGCAUGCAAGACACCUGUGGGCGUCCUUUCUCGAAGGAAUGGCAAGACUGCGUUACAGGCCGGAGGACAUCGACCGAUUGUGGGAGAUGAGAGAAGACAUGGAAGAGUCAUGGACUCCCGAGGAAUCCAGUGACGACGAGUCACUCGAAGACGAUUCCAGUGCCACCGAUAGCAGUUUGAGUGAGGUAUCAUCCUCCUACAUGGUGAUCUAG